AUGAGUGCCAACGGUGCAAGCGACGAAGUACCCAUCGGAGACAUUCCAAACAAUGAAAGAAUCAGCCGUUUAAAGGGACAUUUUAUCCAGGAAUUCGGAAACGACCCAUUGUUUUUUGUCAGAGUGCCGGGACGCGUGAACCUCAUUGGCGAACACAUUGAUUAUUGCGGCUACCCAGUGUUGCCCAUGGCACUCGAACAGGAUAUACUGAUAGCCGCUGCGAUACUAAAUAAACCAGAACUUCAUGUACGAAAUGUAAAUAAUAAAUACAGCAAUUACGAAACGGAAAUUAAAUCAUGUGAAGAUAUAAAUAUUAUUUCGGAUCAUAACGGUAAACCGUUUUGGUAUAAUUACGUGCUGUGUGGGGUUAAAGGUGCUUUGGAAUUUUUGGACGGUAAAAUUACUUCAGGACUACAGCUUUGUGUUGAUGGAAUUAUUCCUCCUGCGUCUGGACUGUCAAGUUCGUCUGCUUUAGUAAGUGCAGCAUGCCUGGCUCUUCUGUAUGCUCAAAAUGUUCCCCUGAGUAAAACGGAUAUUGCGUCUUUAUGUGCAAAAUGUGAGCGAUACAUUGGAACUCAAGGAGGCGGUAUGGAUCAAGCAAUAGCAUUUUUAGCUGAGAAGAACUGUGCCCAAUAUAUUACGUGGCAACCCCUGAAUGCUACACCUGUGGCCCUUCCCGAGAAUGCAGCGUUUGUUGUGGCACAUAGUUUAGCAGAAGCUAACAAAGCAGCAACCAACGAUUUUAAUCGAAGGGUGAUUGAAUGUAGGUUGGCGGCUAAAAUUAUAGCUACGUGUGAAGGUGCAGCUACUGAUAACAAAAUUAUUACACUUAGCCAAGUACAAAAUAAACUCGAUAACACUUUAGAAGAUAUGGUAAAUCUUGUACACAAGUAUUUGCCUAAGGAAUUGUAUACAAAGCAAGAAAUAUGUGACAUUUUAAAUGUUAAUGAGGAAGAGCUAGAGCAAUUUUAUUUAACACCAAACACGAAGCAUUUGACGGAGUUUAAAUUAAAACAGCGCGCUCUACACGUUUACGAAGAAGCCAUUCGUGUUGAAGAUUUUCGUAAACAUUGUUCGCAAACAAUGUCGAACGGGACUAA